UUUCAGAAUGGCUCAGGAUAUAUUUAUGGAUCCAUGGCAAUCGGCGACGAGCUUCGCAAUGGAAGAUGAAGAUAUGGGCAUGCCAUCUGGAAAAUAUGCUCGAAUGGAAGAUGAAAUGGGAGAGAAUAAGGAAAGAUUUGCAAGGGAAAAUCAUUCAGAGAUUGAGCGACGUCGCCGUAACAAAAUGACUCAUUACAUAAAUGAAUUAGCCGAAAUGGUUCCACAAUGUGCAUCACUUGGACGUAAACCCGAUAAACUAACGAUUCUCCGAAUGGCAGUAUCACACAUGAAAGGAAUUCGAGGACAUACGGCACAAGAUGAAACUUCAUAUAAACCAUCAUUUCUUACGGAUCAAGAAUUGAAACAUUUGAUUCUAGAAGCAGCGAAUGGAUUUCUUUUUGUUGUUUGUUGUCAGACUGGAAAAGUGUUAUAUGUUGCUGAUUCAAUUACUCCCGUACUUAAUUUGAAGCAGGAAGAUUGGCUUCAAAGAAAUUUGAAUGAACUCAUACAUCCAGAUGAUCAAGAUAAAAUUAGAGAUCAAUUGUGUGGAAGUGAAGUAUCAGUUAAUAAAGUUCUCGAUUUGAAAUCUGGAUCAGUGAAACGCGAAGGAGCAUCAACACGAGUUCAUAUGUCAUGUCGUCGUGGAUUCAUCUGUCGAAUGCGUGUCGGAGCCCUUGAACCACUUCAUCGUCUCAGAAAUCGCCGUCCCUUAUUCCAACAUGCUGGUCAAAAUUACGUUGUGAUGCAUUGCACAGGAUAUAUCAAAAAUGCUCCACCACAGGGAAUUAAUGCUCCAGCUUCAUCUUGUUUGGUGGCAAUUGCCAGGUUACAGGUAGCAUCAAUGCCGGUCUGUGCUGAUCCAACAUCAACAAAUCAAUUUUCGGUUCGUGUUUCGGAAGAUGGAAAAAUGACAUUUAUUGAUGCGAGGGUUAGUGAUUUAAUUGGUUUGAGCAGUGAUCAACUUAUCGGAAGAUAUUGGUGGAAUCUUGCACAUCCAGCAGAUGAGAAGACCCUUCAAGACUCAUUUGUGGCUCUUUUAAGUGACCAACCAAUGAGAAUAAAUAUUCGAGUACGUACCAGUACUGAUUACAUUCCAUGUACUGUGUCUGCAUACAAAUUCAUGAAUCCAUACUCGGAACAGUUCGAAUACGUGGUUGCAACACAUCAAAUUGCUCCACAAGAAGAUAUUAAUAAUUGGGUCACUGCACCAACUGUUCCUCAACCUCAAGCCAGUGAAUUUGGAGAGCUCGGCGGUGCUCCAAGUGCUGUGGAUUACGGACAAUCGAGUAGUGGAGGAUGGAGACCUGAAGCUCAAGGAGCACCACAGGCACAAUGGCAAUGGGACCCGAUGAAUGGAUAUAACCAGUGAUUAUAAUUUCUAGAAAUUGAUAUAUUUUUUUUUGAAGCCUAUUCCAAUGAUUCUCAUUUCUAUCUACUUCUUGAAAAGUUUUCUUUUUUUUUCAAUUUCCUUAACUUUUCUGUUCAGUAUUUUUCCUUUUUUCUGGACCAACGAGUUAUUCAACUCAUUCUGAACACUAAAUUUUAUUACUAAUAAUAUUGUCAAAAAAUCAAAAGAAAACAACGAAUAAAUGAAAACAACUAU